AUGUCAGUUGACAAGAAGACUGCUCUCACAAUCUUCCCAUUCUGCAGGCAAGAUGAUCUUGCAAGACCAGAUAUUUCUAAUCGUUCUAUCGAAACCCUUCUUAAAAAUCUGUUGCGAAGCUCCCCAUGCUCAGUCGGGAUCUUAGUUAAUUGUAAUAAUUACCAAGGACACUCUGCUCGCUUCCAAGGACAGGCAACUGGCUUCUUGCCUGACAGGCCUUACCGUGUGAUAGUAUUCUUUUUUGGUGGCCCGGAUGAUCGUGAAGCAUUGGCUUUUGCGAUGAACAUGAUUCGUAAUCCAUCAGUCUUCGUUACUCUUGUUAGGUUUCGUGGUCCUGCAAGUUUACCAUCCGACGGAGUUAUCGACUAUUACAAUUAUGUUGAGAGACAUGAGUUUCUUGAUGAUGAAUUGGUAGAUAAUUUUAGGCUUAACGUUAACGCAAUGUAUGACGCAACUUUGAUAUAUAAAGAAGUAGAGGUGAAAGAUUGUGGGGAAACAAUUUGGGCAAUCCGGUCACUUUACGUAGAUUAUGAUCUAAUGGUCGUAGGAAGGCUACAAAUCACUGAUUCAAAUAUAAUCCCAGGAUUAGCAAUUGACUGGGAUGACUGUGAAGAGCUAGGAGCUAGCGGAAACACAGUAACAUCUCUUGAUUUUGGCGCAGAGAGCUCAAUCUUAAUAAUUCACCAAAGCGUUAGUUAA